AUGUCCUCCGCCGCCGAACCCAUCCUCUCCCAGGGCGCCGGCUGGGCCGUCGUCAUCGGCCUCGGCCUCGGCUUCUCGGGCAUCAUGCUGCUCAUCACCGCGGCGCAGGAGCGCUACACGGGCCUCAGCGUGUCGAACCAGGACGAGUUCUCGAGCGCAAGCCGGAGCGUCAAGGCCGGCCUCAUCAGUGCAGGUAUCGUCAGCGCAUGGACAUGGUCGGCUACGCUUCAGGUUUCCACGGCAGUGUCUUACCGCUUCGGUCUCUCUGGCUCGCUGUGGUAUGCCGCCGGCGCCACAUGCCAGGUCCUCGUAUUCGCAAUGCUCGCGGCCAAGAUGAAGCUCAACGCGCCAAACUGCAGCACGUACCUGCAGAUCAUCAAGGCUCGUUGGGGCAAGCUGGCGCAUCUGAUGAUGCUUCCCAUGGCUCUCGGCGUCAACACCCUCGUGGGCCUCAUGCUCGUGCUCGGCGGCAGCGCCACGGUGACGUCGCUCACCGGAAUGCCGGUCAUCGCCUCGUGCUUCCUCACUCCGCUGGUCGUCUCCGUCUACACGGUGCUCGGCGGCAUGCGCGCCACGCUGCUCGCAGACUACUCGCACUCGGCAGUCCUCCUCUGCAUCAUCCUCGUGUGCGCCUUCUCCGUCUGGACGCCGAGCCUGUCGGACGCCAUCGGAUCGCCCGGCCGCAUGGUCGAGAUGCUGCAGCGCGCCGCCGAGCUCGCUCCCGUCCACGGCAAUGCGCAGGGCACGUACCUCACCUUCCGCAGCCAGGACGCGCUCAUCUUUGGCAUUGUCAACAUCUGCGGUAACUUCGCGACUGUCUUCGCCGACCAGUGCUACUCCCAGCGAGCCAUCGCUUCCAACCCCGAGACGGCGACCCGUGCAUUCAUCCUCGGAGGCCUUGCGUGGACUGCGAUUCCGCUCACGAUGGCGACUUCCAUGGGCCUUGCUGGACGUGCCCUCGUCAACCAGAACCCGGCGAUGCAGGUGCUCACGCCUGAGCAAGUCAGCGCCGGCCUGCCGCUCGCAGCCGCUGCAGUCGCCAUCCUCGGCAAGGCCGGCGGUGCUGCGAUCCUCGUCAUGCUCUACCUGGCUGUCACCUCGGCCGUCUCGGCACAGCUCAUCGCAGUCUCGUCCGUGAUCACGUUCGACGUCCUUCCGUACGUGCAGAGCAGCCCCUCGAAGCGCACCGUGUCUGUCGUGUCGCACGCCACGAUCGUCCUGUGGGCCAUCUUCCUCGGCGCUAUUUCGAGCGGCUUCAACUACGCCGGCGUCGGCAUGGGCUCCAUCUACCUGUGGGUCGGUCUCCUCGUGGCGCCGGCCGUGGGCUUCGUGUACGCGUGCCUCGUCUGGAAGCGCGCCAACCGCACCGGCGCGCUCAUUGGGCUGGCCACCGGCUUCGUCCUGGGCAUCACGGCCUGGCUCGUCACCUGCAAGACGCUCUACGGCGAGCUCACCGUCGCGACGCUGUCGAUGGACUAUCCCGUCCUCGCGGGCAACCUCGUCUCGAUCCUCCUGCCGAUCAUCAUCAUCCUGCUCUCGACGUGGUACGCGCCAGACAACUACGACUGGGCAGAGACGCGUGCGAUCAACGCGCCCGUCGACUCGCUCGAGGACUCCGCUCCUGCGACGCCGGAGAAGGCCGAGUCGAUCGCCGGCAAGGAGCAGGACGGUAUGGCGAACGAGAAGGGCACCGUCAGCGUGCACAAGUACCACCACGUGCUGCGUUCCGGCCUCGACUUCCGCACUGCGGCCUGGGUCAGCAUUCCAGUGUCUCUCAUUCUCCUGAUCCUCGUGCCGGCGUUCGGCUGCAUCCCGGCCGUCUGGUCGACGCAGGGCCUCAGCGCCUGGGUCGGCAUCUGCAUUGGCUGGCUCUUCGUCAGCAUGUUUAUUGUCGUCAUCCUGCCUGUCUGGGAGUCGCGCCAGGCGCUGGCGCAGAUCUUCGCCGGCAUGUUCAAGGACCUGACGGGCGGCAACGGCCGCGUCGCGCGCACGAACUAG